AGUGCAUUAAGACCUAGGUGUGCGAAGGUAGGCGUAGGUACCUGUGAGUUUAUCAUCAAUAACAGUUCCGUUCAAAAUGAUUCCCUAUAUUUUGGUGCUAAUAACUUUAAUAACAACAUUGUACUAUUACACCACAAGAACGCUACACUUUUGGAAGAACAAGAAAGUGUUGGGACCAAAACCCGUGGCGCUUUUCGGGAAUUUCUUCGAAAUGACUACAAGAAAGAAAUAUUUAGGUGAAAUCUUGAAGGAUGCUUACAAUCAAUUUCCUGAUGAAAAGGUCGUCGGUAUUUAUACUAUGGUCACUCCUGUUCUUCUGGUCAGGGAUUUGGAUAUUGUCAAACAAGUGACUAUCAAAGAUUUUGAUGUAUUUCCCGAUCGCGGAACUGAAUUCAGUAAAGAAGGACUUGGAGCUAAUCUCUUCAACGCUGAUGGGGACACGUGGCGUGUCCUAAGAAACUAUUUCACCCCACUGUUCACAUCUGGGAAAUUGAAAAACAUGACCUACUUAAUGACUGAACGGGCUGACAAUUUCUUGAACUACGUCGACAGAAUUGUCAAGGAAAAUCCAGAACAAGAAGUCCACAAAUUGAUCCAGAAAUAUACUUUGAGUUCAAUAUCUGCAUGCGCCUUCGGUAUAGAUAUGGACAUUGACAAAGAAAAUGAAAUUGUGAAGAACAUAUCAUCUUUCGACAAACUCAUCUUUGACAUAAGCUACUUCAUCGAAAUAAUAAUGAUGUUUCCCGAUUUAAUGAAGAAGUUCAACACUUCGCUAUUCCCGAAAUCAAUUGUGAACUUCUUCUAUGAUCUAGUAAGGGUAGUUAUUGAUGAAAGGAAAGGUGCUCCAAUAGGUAGGAAAGAUUUUAUGGAUUUAAUUCUGGAAUUGAGACAGCAGGGUGAAAUUAAAGGAACAAGACGAGGUGACGAUAAACAACUGCAGCUAGAUUUCAAUGAAGAUGUAAUAGCUGGGCAGGCAUUUGCUUUUUACGUCGCUGGAUACGAGACCAGUGCUACAACUAUGACAUUCAUGCUGUAUGAAUUAGCUCGCAAUUUGGAUAUACAGAAGAAAGUUCUGGAAGAAAUAGAUGAAGUACUACAGAGGCACGAAGGCAAGAUAACUUACGACUCAGUUAAUGAACUCAAUUAUAUGGGGAAAGUUUUCGAUGAAACUCUACGAAUGUACCCUGUCCUUGAUUCUUUACAAAGAAGGGCUCAAUGCAAUUACGAAUUCCCUGAUUUAGGUCUUAAAAUUGAGAAAGGACAGGCUGUGUUUAUAUCGCCUAUGUCAAUCCACCAUGACGCGAAGCAUUAUCCGAAUCCUCAAACAUUUGACCCUGAAAGGUUUUCUCCAGAAAAUGUGAAAAAUAGACAUCCAUGCGCUUAUAUACCUUUUGGGGUCGGACCAAGGAACUGUAUUGGUAUGCGCUUCGCCAAAGUCCAGAGUCGAGUGUGCAUGAUGAAGCUGCUAAGUAAAUACAGUGUAGAAAUGACUCACAGUACGCCAAAACAAGUUGAAUUAAGUCCACUGAGACUUAUUCUUAGCCCUAUGGGCGGCAUGCAUUUGAAGUUCAACCCUAGGUAUUAACUCAUAGAUAUAGCUAACGAUAUACUGAUUAAAAUUUAUUUAUUGCAA